CUCCUCACCCUGCAGCAGGAGCCCCUCCAUCCACACUGCAGCUUUUCUUGUGACCAGGGUAAAUAUUACCUGGCACUGUUAAUGUUUAAUGCCCCCACCUCGUCCCUGGCCACCCUGUGGAGGCAGCCAGACACUCUCCAAAAAGCAGAGACAGCAGGAAGAGGGGACUGGAGACAGCCCACUCAGCUGGGGAAAUGACUGGCUUGUCGAUGGACGGUGGCGGUAGCCCCAAAGGGGAUGUGGACCCGUUCUACUAUGGUAAGCCUGGGCCCCUGUUCACCCUUCCUGAGCCCUCAGGACCCCUCCCACCAAGCAGUGGCCUCUCCCAGUCCCAGGUCCAUGCUCUGUGCCCCUUAUCUCCCCCCGUGACCACGGGCUGCUUCGGGUGGGCUGCAGGGAGAGAUGGCUGCUGGGAGAGACCACCCAUCCCACUCCUCUUGCCCUCUCUUUCCCAAGACUAUGAGACUGUCCGCAAUGGGGGCCUGAUCUUCGCCGGGCUGGCCUUCAUCGUGGGACUCCUCAUCCUCCUCAGUAAGUGGGGUGGCCUCCAGGGAAGGGGUGCUGGCCAGGGCACGUCUAUUCUCAAGGCCACUGAGCAGGCUGGCUUUCCGGAGUCCCCAAGGAAGGGGUGAGCCUCCCCACCAUGCACACCCCCUGCAGGAUGUGGGAACAGGUGCCCGGUGGGGUGCCAGGCUCUGGGAGCAACAGUGGUUCCCGCUUGCUCAAGUGCACCCUCCAGUGGGCCCGGAAGGAGCCUUGGAGGUGAGAGUGAACCUGCGGGGCAACCGGAGGGCCAGGCAGGGGGACUAGGCCCCCCGCUGCUAACCAUGGUCCCAAACUCAUCCAUUAAAUAGGGAUGAUCCCACCUGCCUCACAAGAUGAGGGCUAGCAUCCAAAGACACAGUAGUCAGGACAGCGCUCUAAGAAUGGUCCAGGGCAGACUCGGAGUGUUCUGGGGGAGAUAAGGAGACCCAAGGGGCACACAGCUGGAGCUUAAUAACUGCACAUUGACUUGUUUUGGUCCAACCCAAAGAAAAACACACGGAAAACACAACCUAUGUAAAGAAGAUACAGCAAGCACACCUGUGGGCUCUGGAAUUCUAUGCGUUUGUGCCACUGAGCCCCACCCGAAGGCUUGGACCACAGUCCUGUGGGUCUCCCCAUUUUCCCGUGUUGCCCAUGGCAGCUCCCGGAGGGCGGUGCGGGGUGGUGGCUGAGCACAUAGGCACAGGAGGCAAGUGGCCUGAGCAAGGGGCUCUGCUUUGGACUUGCUGCCAUCCUUUUCCAGGUGUUCACCGGGCAACUGUGCCGGGGGCACCAUGAUGGCCCAGUCUCUGCUGCUGCUCUCGAUAUGCCGACAGCCCACCAUGGAUCUGCUCCAGUAAACAUUUGCUGACUGACUGACUUAGGUUCUUGAAUGCCUGUGAUUCAGCCUUACAUAAAAAGAAAGAAGGUUGGGCAUGGUGGCUCAUGCCUGUAAUGCCGGCAUAUUAGGAGGCCAAGGCAAGAGGAUCUCCUGAGGCCAGGAGUUUAAGACCAGCCUGGUCAAUACAGUGAGAUCCG